AUGCAACAAAUUCAACUCUCUGAACAACAAAUAAGAAAGUUCAUUGAAACAUCAAAAGGACUUUCAGAAACAACUUUUAAAACAUGGUUAACUGCAAAACUCAGUAAUUUUCAGGAAGAAAUGAAAAAACUUAUUUUAGCAUUAGUUUCUGAACAACAAAAAUAUAAAAAUCAUAUAGAAAUUAAAGAUGGAGAAAACAUUGCAAAUACUAUUAUUUCUAUUUGGAAUAGUUGUAUUAGUUUAAUUGAUAUUAUAUCACAUGAAAAAACACUAACAAUGAUGUUACAAAUCAUUUAUAAUUGUAUGAAGCAGUUUUUAUGUCAAAGUUUGAUAGAUAAAGAUUUAAUUGGAAUUAGAUUUUUUUAUUAUAUUCAUCUUAUUAGUUCUGGGUUUUCUAAACAACAAGAAUUACUUUGGGAAGAACGUGAUUCUAUUAAUCGAUCAAGUCAAUUAGCAGAUAUUUUGAUUGAUCAAGCAUUUGAAGACAAUGCAAGUAUAGAUCGACAAAACCAAACAAUGGAUAAAAUUAAUAACAGAAAUUCUAUCUAUAAUUCUACUUUAAAUGAUUCAAAUCGUUUAACAAAUAGAAUUUCAUGGCAUCAAUGUAAAAAUACAAUUAUUUUAGCAUGUGUUUGUGCUUUUUGCAUAUUCUUCCUUAUCUGGUGGUCAUUUUUAUAA